GGCAACACAACUGGGUUUGAGCUUAUUGUUGUGCACUGCGCCAAGAGCCAUAUUCACAAGAAAAUGGUGUUCUAUCAGGCAGUUGAUAAUCCUGCUGUGGAGACUAGCUUUCUGGCUGGAGCUUCCAGAACAAGAGCUAGUUAUAGCGGUGAAGGCAGUGUGUGUCUCAAGACUGAAUGUGUACCAGAAGAUUAUACACAGGCAGAAACUGCUACCUGCGGUACUAGUUUGAUGUCUUAUGUUAGCGUCAGUGUUUCAACAGAUUGCAAGGGUCUUCAUCCUCAUCAGCAUUUGUGUUCUUCAAGUAAACAAGACAAAGAUGCUCCAAUUAUAAGACAAGAGCCACUAGUACGUCAUUUAGUUGAACACAACAUAUCUCUUACAGGGGAGCGUCCCUUCAAGUGUGAUGUGUGUAGUAAAUCAUUUGCUAGAAAAAAAAAUCUUACUGAACACAGAAAGUUACAUACAGGAGAGAGUCCCUUCAAGUGCGAUAUGUGUAGUAAAUCAUUUAGUAGUAAAAAAAAUCUUAUUGUACACAAUACAUUACAUACAGGGGAGCGUCCCUUCAAGUGUAACUUAUGUACUAAGACUUUUAGAUCUAAAAAUUAUCUCAGUGUACACAACAUGUUACAUACAGGAGAGCGUCCCUUCAAGUGCGAUCUGUGUAGUAAGUCUUUCAUUCAUAAAAACAAAAUGAUUGUACACAACAGGUUACAUACAGGAGAGCGUCCCUUCAAUUGUGAAUUAUGUGGUAAGUCAUUUAGUUCCAAAGAGUAUCUGAACAAACACCUUAGGGUGCAUACAGGGGAGCAUCCCUUCAGGUGUGAAUUAUGUAGCAAGUCUUUUAGUUGUAAAAGGGAUCUGAUUGUACACAUUAGGUUACAUACCGGGGAGCGCCCCUUCAAGUGUGAAUUUUGUAAUAAGUCUCUAAGUUCUAAAAAGACUCUUAUUAUACACAGCAGAUUACAUACAGGAGAGAGUCCAUUCAAGUGUCUUCUUUGUAAUAAAACAUUUAAUACUAAAAAAAUACUUGAUGCACACAAGUCAUCACAUACAGGGGAGCGCCCCUUCAAGUGUGAAUUAUGUGGUAAGUUUUUUAGUUUUAAAAGGUAUCUGAAUCUACAUAUCAGAGUACAUACAGGGGAGCAUCCCUUGAAGUGUGAAUUUUGUAGUAAGUCUUUUAGUUGUAAAAGGGAUCUGAUUGUACACAUUAGGUUACAUACAGGCGAGCGUCCCUUUAAGUGUAAUCAGUGUAAUAAAUCAUUUUCUAGGGAAGAAACAUUUAAUACACACUACAGAUUCCACACAGGGGAGCGUUCCUUCAAGUGUGAAAUAUGUAGUAAGUCUUUUAGUUGUAAACAGGAUCUGAUUGUACAUAACAGGUUACAUACAGGGGAGUGUCCCUUUACAUGUGAUCUGUGUAGUAAAUCAUUUACUAGGAAAGAUAAACUUAUUAAACACAUGAGAUUACAUACAGGAAAAGGCCUGGUUAAUUGUUAACUGUGUAAUAAAUCAUUUAAUCAUCUUGUUGUUCACACCAGAAUGCAUACUGUGAAGAAUUUCUCAUUACUCUGAAAUCCAAGUCUGCGAAAGCUCCAGAAAUAACUCCAGCUCAGAUAUAAUUUGCUGCACUUCAGAUGCAGAGACAAUAUCUUUGUGGGUGGGCAGUCUCAAGAUACAAGUCUAGAGGAGCUGUAACAGUUUUAAUUCAAGGUUACAGUUCAAGAAGGAAUUGUGAAAGAAACCCUGGUCUACAUGUCUACCUUAGCUUUUUUUUAUUAUUUUUUUUUAGCCAAUUUGAUAUCUGUAGAUUAAGUUUUAAUAGUCACAGUAAAAAAAGAAAAAUUCUAUCUAUCUCCAAAACUUAUACUCAAAAAAUAUGGCAUUUGAUUUUAAUGUAUCAUUACAUGGUCAGUAUUGAAACCUGACAACUCGUAAGCGUGGGGAUGCGAGAAGGAAUGGAAUAAAUUUGUAAGAUGAUAGUGAAAUGAGAAUGUUUGUUGGUGAACUUUGGUGAUGAACUACUAGUAACUUUCAUGUUUAACCAAUACGUAAUCGCAUAGGUAACUAGUACCAUAUCUGCCGAAUUUUACGGAUUGACCGUAAAACUUACGGGAAGGUAAGGUUUCUUGUGGUUUAAAGAUCAAAAGCAAAUUUUUUGGGUAGGACAGUUUAGUGCUGGUUCUUCUUGAGAGUGUUUGUGUUAUGUUGACUGUGGUGCAGAAGAAAGAAGCUUUUCUGCAAGCUGUAAUUAACUGUCAUGCCAAGUGGCUUUGUUGUGAGAUGAUUGUGUUUCGUUACUUGGCAAUUUGUUUUUAUUUUUUUACUUGAAUAUUAAUUUUAACUUUAUUUCUCUUCAUCAUCUGUUGUCUUGGGGUGGUUGCGGUAGGAGUAACAACACCGAGAAAAGAUGGUGGCCGAGAUGUUGGAUAAAAAACUAAUUUUUAUUUAAGAACAGAAUUAUAGGUACAGGUUAUGUAGAACUUUGUGAAACUUUUUUUAAUUGCAAACUAGUUUUGCAUGAAAAUAAAUUUUUAUUAUUUAUUUCAGUUUUUUCUGACCUUUAAAUAUGCUGCACUUAGCCACAGUUUUUUUAUGCUUAAUUUUUAGUUUGCCUUACUUUUUUUGUUGCUAAAUUUUGUAUUGUUUGUUGCAUUUCACCAAUACUUGUUAAGAAAAAGACAUUAAAAGAAUUAUAUUUGCGUGUUUAGUUGAAAGGUCACGACCCAAAAUUUUUUAGGUAACAAAAGCCUAAACAUGUCUUGUAUACGAGUGUUAUUUCAGCUAUGAAUUUAGCUAGAAUAAAUAAAUAAGGUAUAUUAAGCUAGUUAUUAGCACCAAGUUUUUAUAUUAAAAUCUAAGUCCAAAUGAAUGUACUCUGUUUUUUAGAGCUAUAUGUAAAAUUACUUUUUAUUCAAAAGUGUGAGUGUAAUUUUUUGCAUUGGAAAUAUAUAUUUAUAUAAAUAUUUUUGAUAUUUCAAAGACAUAAUUGAUUGUAUGUUACUUUCAACAUAAAAAAUAAACAAUAUAAGAAAAUUGGUGCUGAUUUGUACUCAUUAAGCAAAAUUGGCGGCAUAUGAUUUACCCUAAAUAUGAUCUUUUCCAAACAGUUUACUGACAGGGACUUAAAAAAGGAGCCAGGUUUGUAACUUGAAAAAGUGAUGCCCUGUAAUAAUGUGCAAUUCCAAGACAAUGUAUAUUAAACUGCCUAUUUUACUCCAAGCUUCCGUGCACCAUUACCAGUUCUCAACACAUUCAAUCAAAAACCAUUAGUAUAUUAAUAAAUCAGAGCUGCGUAACUUACAGUUGGAAGAUCCCUCGUUCACGAUGUUGUACAAUCCAGACCACAUCGUGGAUUGAGUAUGAACAACUUGUAGAUUUCACGUCAGGCCAAUUUCUUACAUAAAUGACGGUAUUUCGUGGUGGCCCAAAAUUGCAGUCUUGCCGCAAUAUACUUCACGGAACACCUCACAUGAACCACCAUGCACAAACACCACCUUUCACUAUGGCGAUCACAUACCUUUUCUCUUAUCACAAGACGGCACACAGCACACUUCACACUUGAAUACCUCACAGUCUUUUGUUUCCUGAUGUCAUUGCCUGAGGCGCGAUCUGUGGCAGUGGCGUAGCGUGGGUGGGGCGGAGGGGGCGGCCCGCCCCGGGCGGCAGCCCGCGGGGGCGGGUCGCCGGUGAAGCGGGUUGAGAUCUGAUCUAUGAUUCAUUCAUUACAUGUGUCAGACACACUAUAAUGUUACAUUUUUAUCUAACAUUUUGCGCACCAACUAUUUUUUAAUAUUUAUUUAAAAGAAAAACUGCGAAAUCACUGACAGAGCUCUAUAUAACGUUUGUUUGUUUACAUACGAACGGCAACAUCGCAUCACGCCGCGCCGCCCGGCGCGCGCGAGCCGAGUUGAGCGGCACUCCUUAUUAUGUUAAUUACUCAUACAAAAUCUUUUGUUUCACGCGUCGGCCCGUGUCCAUGUCUCUCUUUCGCACUCAUUGAAUUUAGUACUACGCAUUGUACUGUACAGUUUGACCUUAACCCAGGGCAAACCAAACAACUUCCGCAAACCGGGACACAGUAAAACUCCUAUAUUGCCCCGUACCGCGAGCGCAGGUAAACCCAAAAAAAUAUUAAAACCCAAACUAAUAGCAGGCUUAAAAAAUACUAAUAAGGUUGCGAACAGUGAGAGGAGGCAGCAAGUUAAAAAGAC